UCGGAGACGACAUGGAGUGACGGAGAGCGGGAGAAAGGGGCUUUUUCGGAGGACGGCGUGCUCCGCUGAAACCCAACAUGGCGCUGCUGCGAGGUACGGCCGAGCUGAAUUAAUUUCUUCGCGAGUCCGCCGACCUCGCCACCUGUACUAUCCUUUGGGGGCCCGGGCCACACGGCGCAUUGGCUCUCCGACUUAAAGGACCCUAACGGAUUUUCUUUGAAAUUGUGGAUUUCUUUUUUUAUUAUCCUGACGUUUGUUUUUCCUCCGCGCAGGAUCUUUUUUAGCUUUAUGGAAACCCAAGUGACAUUUGCAACAGCAAAAAGUCCGUUUGAAAUAUAGGAGAAAGGAUGAUAGUUGCCUUUAGACAAUAGAUCAAAGACCCAGAGCUUUAUAUGUAAGACUGGUUCUGUUUCAUGACAAGUGGAUAACCUGUUAGACACUUUUAGUUGUUUUUUUUCUUUGGCCGGGAUUGUCUGUCUCCAGCAGACAGGACCGUAACCGGGCUCGUCUACGUACGCACGGAUCGCUGCCCUUGUAGUUAACUUGGCAAAACAGGAAAAAGGCUAGAGUUGGGGUGCGCGGAGGGCGGCUGGAACUAGCACCAAUUAACCAGGGCAACAUCUGUUCGUGAUGUCGAUGCUGAGACACAAACCAACCUGGAACUAAGACAAGGGAACCACAUCACACAAAACAUGGUGGAUGCAAGGUUGACGCCCCUGGCAGCGAUGGGGCUGGACCGAGGCACUCUGAUGCAUGAUGGUCUUCGCCUCCAUAGUGGGGUUGUGUAUCCAGGGAUCAGAACGCUGCCAGCGGAGAAGAGCCGAGAGACGCCUGGCCUCCCCCUCAGUUAUAACAGGGAUGGUCUCCCAGAGCUCAUCUACAAGCCUGAUAGCCCUCUGGACAGUCGUAAGCCCACAAACGGAUACCUGGGCCUCUACAAGGGCAUCCCUCCAAGUCUCCACAAGCCUGUGCUGAUUCCUGGAGCUGAAGGUCUAGGCUUGGAACGCAGAGUAGGGCCUGGGGAAAAAGCAUCUGAACUGGGCUUGGCAAGUGCAGGUGGGAGCUACCUCCGCCUGCCAUGGCUCAACCCUUACCCUGAAGCAAGCAUGUAUCCCUUCAUGGAUUCAUCCAAGUACGCAGCUCUAAACAUGUAUAAAGCCUCCUUGCUCAGCCAACCCAACCCCUAUCUUCCCCAGCACCUGGCCUACCCAUCUCUGUGUGCAGCCCAGGGGGGCAAUGUUAACCCAGCUGCAGCUGCCUCUGCUGCUGAGAGGCUCUACUAUAUGCCCCCCUAUCCUCCUUCUCCUAUCUCUUCUCCCCUGGUGGCACCCCCUAUGAGGAUUCCUGCAGUCACAGUGGCCCCCACGUCGCUGGUACACUGCCAGGACAAGGGGCUUGGUGUUGCACCUCCAUUUGCACAGCAGCUUCACCAACCUUCCCCUCAUCCUCAGCACCAUCAGGCUGCUAUAGACAGGGACCGGUCCCCAAGCAGGACCAGUAGACCAAGCAGACCUCCUUCCAGGAACGGCUCCAGCAACAACAAUAACAACAGUAGUACUAGCACUAGUGGCAGCAGUGGUGGGAAUAAUAAUAGUCUACCUACUGAUUCUUCACCUCAUGCAUCUUCUCGCCUCCCACAACCUCCCCCACCUCCUGCUCUCAUUGACAAUUCACUGGAUUUACAAAGGCCAGUCGCUAGGAUAGGGCCACCUCCCACCUCCUCAACUUCUUCAAUAUCUGUCUCAUCCUCUUCCACGCAGUCUAUUCCUCAUCCAUUCUCUGUCAGCAGCAUGGCAUCAGAGCAGCCCUCUCCUGCCCGGCCCAGCCCCCACAAACCUAGGCAAAGAGAUGGGGUGCCUGAGCACAGAAAUGUUGGGAUUGAGAGGAGACCCAGCCGGUCACCCUCCAAACCUAAUUUUGAUAGGCCAGCUCACCCAUCCCAAGCAACCAAAGACUCAGCAGAGAAGCCCUUGGAUUUGUCUGGAAGAAUACUGGAAUUUGGACUGCCACCAAAUGGUUUCCCAGUUAAGAUGGACAAUAUAGCAUCAGGACGUUAUGGACUGCCCCCUAGCCGGGAGCUCCUAAAGGAAAACCUGUCCGUCUCUCCCUCCUCCCACCCUCACUCUGUGGUCAGCAGCACUUCUUCAAAGGUCUCUGAGAGGUCAGAGAUGAUCAGCACUUUGCACUCGUCCUGGGUAGUACCUAGCCGGUCUCCUUCCCAUACACAGCACACACCAGGCUUGCCCCCCUCUCCAAGGCCUAACACAGACCUGGGACUUUCACAAGCCAAAGGCUCCUCACCCUCUGUCAUCAAACACAAGGGUCUGGAGAGAGUACUGCCUCAGCAACGUAGCUCAUCCUGUCCAAGGAUUGGGGAGUCCAACCAUAAUGUUCCCUCCACUCAACACUCUGGCUCUUCUCUGGUCAGCUCCAGGGCUCUUUCUCCCAAACCCAAUGGUGAGUGGAUCAAACACAGCCCCAGCCAAUCAGAACAUCCACCAGUCAUAGGUCACCACAGAGAGGGAACAGAAAAGUCCUCCCAGCCUGCCAAGAGAGGUGAAACGACUCCAGAGGUGUCAUCAUACAAGAGGCCAUGUUUAGAGAAUGGUCACCCUACUGGCCACCUUUACCUUCCUCAAAGUGAUGCGUACCUGAACCACAGUUUGGCCUACGCCAAUAGAUACCUGCACUACCCCAUCCCUGAUGGCAUGGCACUGCACUCCCUGCCAAUCACAGGGAAAGGCCCAGUUUAUCCUCACCCAGUGUUACUGGGCAGCAACAGCCUUUACCCAACCCACUUGGCAGCAAAACAUCCAUUACCCUACCACAACCUCCCAGCUGGUCCAGGAGGGGAAUACCUCACUUAUAACUCACAGGAGAUGGCCCAUCCCCUGAUGCAGCCUCACUCUGACAACAAGUUGUCAGAAAGGGGAGACGCAAGCCUAAAGUCCCGAGGACAGGAGAAAUCCUGGGGAGCUGUUGAAGAAUGUGGGGGCCACAGAGAUCAAAACAUUGGGAAAGAGAUGGGUGAAGGGAACCAUAUAAAGUCUGAUAAGGAAACAGGAGCACAAGGACAGGGUGGAAGUCAAAUCAAAACCCCCUCUUCCUCUGUAACAUACAGAGAAAAGAUUGUCUGCAUUGACCUCGUACACUCAGACACAGAUAUUGAAUCUACCCCAACAGUCCACAAACAACCCUCUGCUGAGCCCAGCACUAAGGUUAACCAAAAUGAAUGUUGUCAUAGUAACCAAAAUCCAACAAAGACUGACUACGAGCCAAAACACCAACACCACCUUUCCCAUCCUUAUCCGGUCCACUCCGGACAGAGCCCCACCCUGAAGCCCAACCACACUGAUAGACAGCCAGAAACUCCCUUUGGGAAACCAAAGGUUAUUCAGGACACAGGUUGUCCUGGGGUGACAUCUAGCACAUCCCCAUCUUCUCCAGGGGAGGUCUCCCAAGCUGAGGAGAGCCCCGAGGAACAAAGCCCCAGCCCAGACCCUGGAGACCAAGACCAGAGCACAUUGCGCUGUGCCCGUACAUCUGGGGAGCGUAGCUCUGGUAAGGACAAAGGGGACAGGGACAGUCGGGAUCUGCACUUCACUCAGCAUUAUACAGAUGCAGUGACAGAGUCAAACCUGGAAAGACUGUGUGCGAGAGAGACUGAAAAGGAAGACAGUAUUGUUGACCUAGGCGAGUCUCAAGGAGAAGGGGAUGAGGACGAAGAAGAGGGUUGCCAGGCUUCAUCUAAAGGCUCUCGUAGAUCCAGUCUUGCCAAGAGGAUUGCUAAUUCCUCAGGCUACGUUGGCGACCGCUUUAAAUGUGUCACCACUGAGCUGUAUGCUGACUCCAGCAAGCUGAGCCGUGAACAGAGAGCUCUGCAGAUGGAAGUCAUAUCACGAGAGGGGAGUAAUAUAAGUCAACCUGCAGCUAACUGGGAGCGGGCAAUGAUGCGGUUCUCGGAGCUGGAGCUGAAGGAGAAGGAGGGCGGCGGUGUGUGUGUGUCUGCCCCGGCAGCAGGACGGGAGCUGGCAGACGGCCAGCGCAGAGAGCGAGUGCUGGAACACUGCCAACACACCACCCGGCAGGGAGAGAGGGAGGGUGUUCGACCGGCUUACACAAACAACAGAGUUCCAGUCCUUCAGAGGUGUGGGGGCCAGAGGGAGCCUUUGUCCCCGGGGCAGGGGGCCAGAGACAGGGCCAGAAGUGCCAGCCAAGGAGGGCUAAAGGAUGGAGCCAGAAAGGUGGGGAGGGAGUCUGAGGGAGCUUAUUGCACACCCCCCACCUUGACAGUGGGAAAAGGCCACCCUGAGGAGGCGGCCAGUCCUGGCUUUGGACCCACCAGGAAACGUCUGCUCUGCCCCAAGGUGGAGCAUGAGGACACGGAGCAGGAGGAGGGAGAGAGGGUGUCCCACCCAGAGAAAAGAGCCAGGAUUUCUAUGGAUGAGCGCGAGCAGAUGAGCGCUGAUGAAGAAGAUGACGACGAGGUACGGAAGCUCAAAGUUCGCAUCGAGCUGAAGGGACUGCGACUCAGCAAGCCCGCCGCCGGAGCAGCUUCACCUGAUUGCUCUCAAAUCAAACAGGAGAGAGCAUGGCCCCAGCCACGAAUGGUAGCCCCGACCCAGGGUGUACGAGAACGAAAGAUCAGGCCCGGGGAGCCAGAGGACAGAGCCUCAGCGCAGAGAGCCGAGAUCAACAGGAAAUGGGGCUGCGAGAAGCUACUUAAUGGAGCAGCUACUUCUCCCCUUCCCCCCGGCCAGCUGAAGGACAGAGCGCACCCGCCGGGCCCCUUCUCAGGUGACCGUGGCCUCAAGGAGCCCAGGAGGGGCCCUCCCUCUCCGGCCCCAGAGCCGUCCGUGGGAGGCACCCCUCCCCUCAAGCCCCGUCGCCAUAGUGACACUGACAAACCCAAGGGCAAGCGGCCGUGCAAGACCAAACACACCAGUCAGAGGGAGCGAGAGCGGGAGCGGGAGAAGAGAAAAGAGGCCACACCUAACAGUCCAGGCCAGCCUUGCGUGGCUGAUCUGGGAGCAGCUGAAGAUGACAAGCUGAGUGAGCAGCGAGGCGCUCCGAGGAAGAGAGCCGCCUCUCCUAAUCAUUAUCCCUGCUCUCCAGUCAAGCCCUGCUCCCCCGCCGCGCUCUGCCCGCCCUCCCUGCAGCCCCAGGCAAACGGCAGAGCAGGCGGUGUCCCACCAGAGGCGGCAGGGGUGCACAGGACCCCCCCUGCUGAGCCCCCUGCGGUGCGUCCCAUCCCACCGGAGGCUCGUCGGCUGAUCGUGAACAAGAACGCCGGAGAAACUCUUCUCCAGAGAGCUGCGCGGCUAGGCUACGAGGAGGUGGUGCUGUACUGUCUGGAGAACAGAGUAUGUGAGGUGAAUCACAGAGACUACGCUGGUUACUGCGCUCUUCACGAGGCAUGCGCCCGCGGCUGGCUCAGCAUAGUCCAACACCUGCUGGAUUACGGGGCCGACAUCAACUGCAGCGCACAGGACGGCACCAGACCGAUUCACGACGCCGUAGAGAACGACCACCUGGACGUGGUGCGAGUCUUGCUGUCCUAUGGAGCCGACCCGACCCUUGCUACAUAUUCUGGCCGUGGCCUUCUCAAGAUGACCCACAGUGACAGCAUGGAGCGCUUCCUCAUGGAUUAUUUUGCUGACCUUCAGGGCCGCUCAGAUGACGACCCAGGCCUUUAUUGGGAAUUCUAUGGCAGCGCCGUAUGUGAGUCUGGCGAAGAAGGUGGUGUCUAUGACAUCCUGGCUGAUCCGCCAGGCCCAGAAGACGACGACGACGAUGACAAAAGAGAAGUGUUUGAGUUUGAGUUCUCUGACCGACCUCUGCUGCCUUGCUACAACAUCCAGGUGUCCCUCUCCCAGGGGCCAAGGAACUGGCUGCUGCUGUCUGAUGUGCUUCGCCGGCUGCGGAUGUCAGCUCGCGGCUUCCGACAGGCCUUCCCUCAUAUGGAGGUGGUGACAGUGGCUGAGGCAGAGUUUUACCGGCAAGCGUCUUUGUCGCAGCUCUUCUCCUGCCCAGAGGAGCUGGAGAGUUUCCAACCAGACAGCAAGGAGCUGCUGGAUCUGGUCGAAGACAGUGCCGAGCUGGCCGCCCUGCUGGGCUCCACGCUAGAGUGUCUGGACGACCGCUGGGAGCACUCAAGGGACAAACUGAAGGACAAAAUCAAGGCCGUUGGGCUCAUCCUGACCCCUGGACCCACUAAACACUGACCUUGAUCCUUACCGACUGCAGUUUGCUUCAGAACCGACCCAGGGUUAUGAUGAUAUGCCUUAGCCUGACCCGUAGUUCCCGUGCUUCGGCCUUGCUCUGGACCAGCACUGGUGCACUGUACAGAUGAACUGACCUGCUGGCUGACCAGGCUGCUGAAACAUUUCCCUGUGUUAACUGAGGAUCAAGUUUGAGACUCAAUAGACUUAAUAAUGGUCUUAUUUUUAUAAAUUAAUAUAUGUAUAAAUAAAUAUAUAUAUAAAUAUAUAAAUAUAUAUAUUAAAAAAAAUAUCAAGAGAUUUUUUUCUUUCAGAUGUUGCUCACGACUCCUCUCUGAAAGAUUUUGUAUGACAACAGAGUAUAGUUGUGUUGUCAGCAACUGGAUGGAGUGUGUGAGCGCGCAGCACAUUGUGCAUGUGUGUAGCUGUACAGGAUAGUACUGAGACUGUGCUAUUGAAUGUGGUAUUUGUGUUUAUAGGAAGCACAUGAUGUCCUGUUUUUUUUUUUUUCUCUCUCCUCCGACUUCAGCACUAGCUUAAGCCCGAGGGGCUUUUUUUUUUUUUUGUUGUAUCUUUCUUUUUUUUUCUUUGUUCAAAUUGUGCUUCCUGUUUAGUCUGUAAUUUAACAUGCAAAACUACAAAAUUGUUUGUAUAAUAAAGUUUUAAGAUAAUGUUGAUAUUCACCCUUUGGCAAAGAGCUUGUAUAUAACAGUGAGGCUACUGCAGUAAAGUAAUUUUUGGUGUGUUCAUUUUUGUUUUAACUUUGUAAUUAAAAUAUCUCAUAAUUUGUAUUUAUAUUUUACAAAAGAAGUUGCUUUAAAAUAAAUAUACA